AUGACGAUGACGUCGACGCGCCCCGGGACCGGCCUCGCGGUGCUCUGCCCGCUGCUGCUGCUCGCCUCUGCGGCGGCUGCCGCUUUUCCACGCUACCUCGCAGAGGGUGAGCAGUGCUGGGAGUCCGGCGCGGAGGGACGCUGCCUGCGGGUUCGCGACUGCGCGGCGGCGCGCGAGGCGCUGGCGCAGCGCCGGCCGCUGCCGCGCCGCUGCGGCUUCGCCGGCUACGAGGAGGUGGUCUGCUGCGUGCAGCAGGAGCAGCCGCCAGCCCCCGACGUCGUCGCCCCCGACUACUUCCCCAACAGGGACACUGACGGCGGCAGCGACGGCGGCGGCGAUAGCAACAACAUCAUCGACGACGGCUGGAGGAGGCCCGCGGCCGAACGGCCCAGCGUGGCAGCCUGCAAGUCCUACAGGAGUCAACGCGAUGGUCUGACGUACCACAUCCUCUACGGCGAGAAAGCUCGACAGGCGGAGUUUCCACAUAUGGCGGCCCUGGGCUACAGCGUGGCGGGCACGGAGGGCCUCAGCUGGCUGUGCGGAGGGACCCUCAUCAGCGACCAGUUCGUCCUCACCGCGGCCCACUGCUGCGCCAACAGAGUCAUGAGGAGACCUCUGCGGGUGCAGAUCGGGACGCUGGAGAUCCCCCCCACGGAGGGCAGUGACUCCAUGUACGGAGUGAAGGACGUGGUCGUCCACCCGGGCUACAAGCGGCCCUACUACGCCAACGACAUCGCGCUGCUGAGGCUGGACAGGCGGGUGCAGUUCUCGGACUCCGUGUUCCCCGCCUGCCUGUACGCGGAGGGCGGCGACCCGCCCACGCUCACCGCCACCGGCUGGGGCGCGACCACGGCCAGCGGAACGAGGAUGAGCCCGCUGCUGCUGAAAACAACGAUUUCCCCGUUCCCGCUGUCGCACUGCCAGAGGACUUACGAGAACAAGUUCCCCAACGGGCUGGACUCGUCGGUGAUCUGCGCCGGCGACCCGCAGGGCAAGGCCGACACCUGCGUCGGUGAUUCCGGAGGCCCUCUUCAAGUCAUCGGAGAACGCGCUCCGUGUUCAAUUGUCGGGAUUACCAGCGUAGGGCCGAAACCGUGCGGCGGUUCCAUACCCAGUGUGUACACGCGGGUCUCCAACUACCUAGACUGGAUUGAGAAACACGUGUGGCCAUAAAACAUUAUUCAUAAACUAAA